GAGAAAAUGUCGCCGUUCAUGGAGAAAGUGUUGUUGCUGUUAGGCGUGCUCUGCUGCAUACAAGUGUCCACUGCCCUGAUGUGCUACGACUGCAACAGCGAAUUCGAUCCUCGCUGCGGCGAUCCCUUCGAGCCGUACUCCAUUGGCGAGGUCAACUGCAGCAAACAGGAGCCCCUGGAGCAUCUCAAGGACAGGUACAAGCCCACCUUGUGCCGCAAAACUGUGCAGAAGAUCUAUGGCAAGACCCGCAUUGUGCGCGGCUGCGGCUACAUUCACGACGAGCGCACCGAUGUGGAGUGCGUGCGGCGUUCGGGCACCCACGAUGUGGCUGCCAUCUACUGCUCCUGCACCAAGGACCUGUGCAACGGCGGCAACUCGCUGACAGCCCCGUGGAUGAUACUGCCUCUCGCCCUGGCCGCCGGCUGCGCGCUCCUGCUGACCUCCGGGCACACAAUAAAAGUCCAGAGCUCAUAAAUUUAGCUGGGAUCUAGCGCUUUCACACCUCCAAUUGUAUCCACUUAUUUUUGCCUUACUUUCGAUGGUUUUUCUUGGCCUGGUGCAGGUCCGGACUUGAUGCUCAUUUAGUUGCAUAAUUUAAUUUAAUUUAAUGUGUUCGUAAGUGUAAAAGAACUAACAAUAAAUUGAAAAUUAUCUUAUGGUCACGCAUGAUAAACAGCAAAAGAGCAUAACGAAACAAAAAAACAACAAAAAAAACAGCAGUUAUUGGGGGCAGUAAUACAAAUAAAUCCACAUUUCCCUUAACAUUAUGUUCGAAAUUAAAAAAAAAAAAUACAGAGAAACUGCCAGUAAAUGUCUCCGCCUGAAAAAUUUCAAAACUUUAAUCCAGAAUAAAACUUGACAAAGCAAAAACUAUAAUUAAUUAAUCUUUGUUGCGGCGAAACAUCUGAGAAGCCCGACAAGAGAAGAAACCCAAAAAAAUGUAUAAUUUAACACCACGACAGAAUAGGGCAACGGCAACCCAACCCUAGAAGGUAACCCCUUCGUAUAAGCUAUGCGAAAAACCGAAGGUAAACUAAUUGAGAACAUCUAUAGAGCAUAGUAUUUGAAAUAAUUAGGAUUCCGAACUCAUAGGAAGCCAGAAUAAUGAUUUAUAUGUAACUCAAGAAAAGUAUAGGAAGGAAAAUUAAUAAAAAUAUAUAUAUACACAUAUAUAUACAUACAUUAAAUAGAAAGAAUGGGAAAACUAUUUACAAAUCAACCAGAGAAUCCAUAAAAUUAGCAACUAAAUUAUGAAAUCAUAUUUUGUCCAUUUUGAGCUUCAUACAAACAAAAACCAAAAUAGAAAACUAACAAAUAAAUCUUCCUAAAAUUUGUCAACAGACAAAAUACUCAUCAAACUUUAUGUCUUAUGCGCUAUAAUUUCCAUUAUCAUCAUUGAUCCGAUCCGGCAGGCCUCCCCCCAAAGACACACAGAUACAGAUACAGAUACAGCAAAAGUACAGUCAACCCAAAAACGGUAGCAAGAAAAUGAGCAAGGUGGAAGGAAAACACUAGCCAACACAUCACAUGACACAUUAUAUGACAGCCGUUAAGAACACAUCAUUUUGUGUAGGAAAAGCAAACAAACAAAUUUAAUUAUAUUUAUAUAUCAUCGUAUACAUAACAGAAA